AUGGGUAGUGGUAUGGAUCGGAUAACAGCUAAACAUCUUGGUCGAUGGGCAACCCGUCUUUACAUUGCUUUAUUUAUCAGUGGUCUCAUUAUUCUCACCAUUUAUAGCGCAGUUCAACCACAAGUAGUGACGAAGACUUUCAAUAGUCCAUCUUUUAGUAUUUACAAUGAUUCGAAACAAAAAUAUGGAGAUGAAUUAAAGUGUCCAUGUUCAGUGAUUGCAUCACCUUAUGAUCAAUUUAUCGAAAUUGAACCAAUAUUUCAUGAGGUCUGUUCGAAUCCAUUUGCAACAAAGCAAUACCGAAAUGAACUUAUAGCUGGUCUAAUCUCUAACUUGUCUAUUUAUGCACUAAGAGACUAUCGUCGUUUUCUUUCUGCUCAUUUGCAAGCUCUACAAGGAUUAUGUGAACUCUCUAAUACAUUAGUAUACAAUUCUAUUAACCAGUUUCGUACUUCAUUGUUUGUUACUACUCAACUUCUAUCGAAAACAAAUUUUCGUGAUCAACUCGAUUCUUUAAUCGAACAAACUAAAUCAAAUGUUCCUACUACAUUUCGUCAACUUCUCUUCUUAAUUCGAAAUAUCAAUCAUGGAAAUGCUUACAUGUCAACAUAUACAACAAAUUUCGAAUAUAUUGGCGCUCCAGAUGCACCUGAACUUACUUAUGCAUCUACUCAAGCUAUAAUUUAUGACGGAUGUUCUUGUGGAUUGUAUCUAAAUUGUACAACUCAAGCAAAUUUUAUGAAAUCAAAUUCAUCUGAAAUGAUUCCAAUUAAAGGUUUGAAAAUAGGUUGUAUUCCAAGCGAAUCAUUUCGUGCUUCGACUCUUGAAUGUUUUUAUGAUC